UUUACAUAUUUUAGGGUCAAAUUUUUAAAAUGUUAUCAAUUUAUCAAUGAUCAAUGCAUUAUUUUAAACAAAUUACCUAAAGAAAAUGAAAUGUGUACGUAACUGAGUGAUAUUAGAUUGGUAUACGUGUCUAUUUCCUCGCUGUUCAUAUUUAUUUCCAUUCUUAAUUACAACAUGGAAUUGAUUUGUAAAGUACAAAACUAUGAAUGGGGCAAAAAAGGCCUUGAAAGCAAGGUAGCUCAACUACAAAAAAGUGCUAGUUCCAGUUUUCCGAUCGACGAAAGUUUACCUUACGCCGAGCUAUGGAUGGGAACUCAUGUUAAUGCUCCAUCAGUUGUAAAAGAGACCAACGAACAAUUAUCUGAACUAAUUUCUCGACAGCCUGCAGUGUUAGGGGAGGAGGUUUUGAGACAAUUUCAGGAGCUACCAUUUUUGUUCAAGGUUUUGUCAGUGAAUAAGGCAUUAUCUAUACAAGCACAUCCUUCAAAGAGUCAUGCCAAAGAACUGCACUCUCUGUAUCCCAACAUCUAUAAAGAUCCCAAUCACAAACCAGAAAUGGCCAUAGCACUGACACCAUUCGAGGCACUUUGCGGCUUUCGUCCUUUGUCAGAAAUAAAAAAGUUUCUAGAAUCCAUUCCUGAGCUACAAGAAAUUGUUGGCAAUGAUGCACUUAGCAGAGAUUGUCAGUUAAUUCAAUGUGCUUUUAGAGCAGUUUUAACUUGUCCUAAGAAAACAAUAACAAAAUUAAUUGAUAGUUUAUUGCAGCGAUUUUCAGAAUCUGAUAAAACUCAGAGAGCUUAUUUGCAUGCUGACUUGGUGCAAAGGUUACACUCACAAUUCCCCUACGACAAUGGAGUGUUGAUGGUUUAUUUUUUAAAUUACCUAAAACUACAUCCCUCCGAAGCUAUUUUUCUUGGAGCCAAUGAACCUCAUGCCUAUCUGUCAGGAGAUUGUAUUGAGUGUAUGGCAUGCUCCGAUAACGUGGUGAGGGCCGGUUUGACGCCCAAAUUAGUAGACGUUGAUACUCUGUGUUCGAUGCUCAUUUACACUGGAGCACCGCCAACAGAAAAAUUAUUUGCACCUACUCGGGAAGAUGAAUUUUCUGUUAUCUUUAGACCACCAGUGCCUGAUUUUGCUGUCAUAAAAAUCUCGGUGCCAGCAGCCGAAAAUAGUUACUCAAUAAUAACCAGAAGUAGCGCCAGUAUUUUAUUAAUUAUCUCAGGAAAGGCACAAUAUAAUAAUGGGACUGUGGUACCUGGGACUGUUCUAUUUCUUCCUUCAGAUGAAAUGAUCACCUUUACGAAUUUGGAAGGAGAAUUACUAAUAUAUCAAGCAAUAGCAAAUGUGUGAAAUAGGGGUAUACAUAUUUUAUUUUGGUUGAGAUUUUUUAUGUGAUUUAAAAUAUACGUUUUGUUAUUUACUGAUGGUAAAAUAUAAUCGAAUUUUAAACCCUA